CUUUAAUCAUAGAAUACCUUUUUUUAUUUGUUUAUCAACAACGAGUAGGUUCAGUUUUUACUAGACUUUCUUAAAGUGCACAUUGAUUCACGAUGGUUCUUUCUAUGGACAGAUGGAAGGGCAAAGUAGCCAUAGUAACUGGUGCUAGUGCGGGCAUCGGUGAAGCCAUUACAGACGCCCUGGUUGAAGAAGGCGUCAUCGUAGUAGGAGUGGCACGCAACAUCGAAACCCUCGAAGCAAAAUCCAAAACACUAACAGGAAAAAAAGGAAAACUUCACCCAAUCAAAGGCGACUUUUCUCGCGAAGGAGACAUUUUAAAGGUCUUCGAAUGGACGAGCAAAAAUCUAGGACCCGUCCACAUUCUAAUCAACAACGCUGCAGCAUCCAACCAAACAACUUUAAUGGACGGCAAAACCGAAGACUGGAAAUCAGUUUUUGACUUAAACGUUAUCGGUCUGUGCAUCGCUACAAGAGAAGCCGUGAAGAUCAUGAAAGAAAAUAAGAUAAAUGGACACAUUAUUCACAUUAACAGCGUUUUGGGACACCAAGUCGUAAAUGUGCCGAGAAUUAACGUUUAUCCGGCGUCUAAAUUUGCAGUAACUGCAUUGACGGAGACGUUGAGACAGGAAUUGAACCAUCUGGGGCUUAAAAUUAAAAUUUCGGAUGUUAGUCCAGGUUUCGUUGCUACUAGAAGAACAACUUUUGCCAAGGAUUUGACUCCUGAAAGGAAAGCUUUUUACGAGAACAAACCUGCCGUAAACAGUGAAGAUAUUGCCGAUGGUGUGAUUUAUGCUUUAUCUACACCGGAACAUGUCCAAGUUCAUGAAUUAAUGAUAAGACCAUUUGGACCAUAAAAAUGGACAUUAUUUCAGAACAAAUUGAGUGAAUUAAUAUGUAUUUUCAUUAAUUCAUUGUAGUCAAAUCAAUCUAAAAUAAAUAUUUAGUAUUGA